AUGAGCUCCUUCGAUCCUCCGGGGCCUUCACCCCCACGCGGCAACCCGCAGUUUCCCAGCAUCGGCCAAGAGCCCCCGGAGAUGCAUGCUUACUAUGACAACAACGCCUUCCACCCGCAGGGCCUGCCAGCCCCUCCGCGGAACCCCUCCUUCGAGGUGGGCAGUGAGUAUGGGGCCGCCACCAACCCGUACGUCUGGUUCAACGGGCAGUCUAUGGCGCCGCAGCCCUACGUGCCGAACCCCACCCCCAGCCCCUACAUGCCGCAGGCCUACGGGGUGCAGAGGCAGAUGCUUCCUGGCAUGGCUGGCAUGGGGGGUGGCGAGGGGGGCUGGAUGCCUGUGCCGUCUCAGGAGGAGCUGAUGAAGCUGGUGCGGCCCCCGUACUCCUACUCGGCGCUCAUCGCCAUGGCCAUUCACGGGGCCCCGGAGAAGCGCCUCACUCUCAGCCAGAUCUACCAGUACGUGGCCGACAACUUCCCCUUCUACAACAAGAGCAAGGCGGGCUGGCAGAAUUCCAUCCGCCACAACCUGUCUCUCAACGACUGCUUCAAGAAGGUGCCCCGCGAUGAGGACGACCCAGGCAAAGGGAACUACUGGACCCUGGACCCCAACUGCGAGAAAAUGUUCGACAACGGGAACUUCCGCAGGAAGAGGAAGAGGAAGUCGGAUGGGUCCUCCGCCGCGAGCACCUCGACCUCGGAGAAGACCAACAGCAGCCUCCCGGCGGCAGCGGGCGGCGCCAAGACCGCGGAUGCCCGAGGCGCCCGGAACACCACCCCGCCGGACGGCCCCAGACCCGCGAAGCAGCUGGCCGUGGCCCCGCCGAGCACCCCGUGCCUCAACAGCUUCUUCUCGUCCAUGACCACCUACGUGAACGGGCCGGGCCCCGUGAGCCGCCCCGUGAGCCGCCCCGUGGUCGCGCCGGGUCCGGGCCCCGAGUCUGCUGACAAGAUGGGGCAGAGCCUGGUGAAUUUCAACACCUACGCCCCACUCACCAACCUUGGCAGCCACGUGGGCCCCCUCGCCAACCAGGGGGUGGGGGUUGAGUGGGCCAACCCCAUGCCCGUUAACACUCUGGGCUACGGCUACGGUGCUGUCAUCAGCCAGGUCGGCCCUCAUUUCUAUGAUGGGGCCGACGCCAGCAGCAUCUUCUACUCCCCAGAGGGCACCAGCCUCUAAGAUGGGGCCCUCCCGAGCCAGAGGGUCACGCUGAGGCCCUCCUGGCCAGCACCCUUGUUGUACAUACCUCUACACUGACCAAAGAGGCACAGGAAGCUCAGAGAUCUCUAUCCUGCUUCUAGAAGGUGAUGUAAACCUUCUGUGUGUCCUGUGU